UCGAUCAUCGCCUUCUGGCUAAUAGCUUGAGAAACACAGAUACUGUGCCUGUGCGUCUUCUUCGAGUGUUUACUUGUUGCGUACGUACUGAAGGAAAGAUGGCAGUAGAAUCACUACUCACUUUUGCUGCUGAAGGAAUACUGAAGAAGGUAGCUUUGCUUGCCGCUCAAGAAUUCAUGCUGGCAUGGGGAUUUAAAGGAGAGCUAAAAAAGCUCGGUCAAUCGCUAUCUGUCCUUCAAGAUUUCUUAGGUGGUGCGGCUGAGCAAGCACGAGAUCGGGGCAAGGCAGUGGAAGAUUGGGUGGAGAAACUUAAAGACAUAGCUCAUGAUGCUGAUAACGUCUUGGAUGAAAUCAACUAUGAAAUUCUCCGGAGUCAAGUGGAACUGCAAAACCAUAUGAAGAAAAAGGUACUCAACUUCCUUUCUUCCUCAAAUGCCACUUUGUUUCGCCAAAAAAUGGCCCAUAAAAUUAAAAAAAUCAAUGCAUCUCUGGCGGAUCUCAAGAGCGAGGCAUCGUUCAUUGGAUUGGUUGCAAAGAAAAUUGAUCCAGUUGCCCAAGGCAUGGGGAGCAGGGAAACUGUCUCAAGCUUUGAUGACGAUGAAAGUAUCUUUGGAAGGGAGGAGGUUGUGUCAGAUAUAGUAAAGACCUUGAUCAGCUCCAAUAAUCAACAAAAGCUUUCGGUUGCGGCAAUUGUGGGAAUGGCAGGCUUAGGAAAGACAACUUUGGCUAAGUCAGUGUACAACGACGAUGCUAUAGACAAGUCAUUUGACAAAAGAAUAUGGGUUUGUGUCUCUAACACCUUUGAAGUGAAUUUGAUUUUAGGCCGGAUCUUAGAACUACUUAAUUCAGCAAAGACCGGAAUUCAAAGUCAGGAGGCAUUGCUUAAAAACCUCAAAGAAGAGUUGACAGGAAAGCGAUAUAUGCUUAUACUCGAUGAUGUUUGGAACGAAGAUGAUAUAAAAUGGAACAUCUUGAUGAGUUGCUUGUCGAAACUCAAUUCUGCUCAGGGAAGCACCAUAAUUGUCACUACCCGCAGUGCCAACGUUGCAUCAAUCAUAGAAACACUUCCUAGAUAUGAUUUGAAAAAUCUAUCAACAGAGGACUGUUGGUCCAUCUUGAAGCAUAGAGCUUUUCCGAAUGGUAGUACUCCAAUAGCUCCAGAUCUGGAGAGAAUUGGAAAAGUGAUUGCUGAAAAAUGUGCUGGCAUACCAUUAGUGGCAAAGGUUUUGGGAGGCAUGAUGCAUUCUAAAAACAGUACAGAUGAAUGGUUGUCAAUUCAAGAAAGUAAAAUAUGGGAAUUACCACAAGGAGAGGAUAGAAUUAUCUCAGCUUUGAAGUUGAGUUUUGAUGCUUUGAAAUCCCCAUCUCUGAAACAAUGUUUUGCAUAUUGCUCAAUAUUCAUGAAAGAUGUGGAAAUUGAAAGGGAUGACUUGAUCCAACUUUGGAUGGCUCAAGGAUUGCUCCACUCUUCAAGUUCUUUAGAGAUGGAGGACAUAGGUAAUGAAUAUUUUUAUAUUCUAUUGGAGAACUCCUUUUUUCAAGAUGUUGUAAAGGAUGACUGGGGCAUUAUUACCAAAUGCAAGAUGCAUGAUCUUGUGCAUGAUCUUUCUGAACUAGUGUCAAGAUAUGAUGAGGAAGAUAAGCUUGACGUUGGACAGGCACAAUUUCCUUCUUUAAUACCGAAAAAAAUUUCAGAAAGAAAUGCUGGGAAAUUGCGAUCCUUGUUUGUGAAUGGUGAAGCCCUUGGUAACAUCUUGGCAAGCUUUAAGUCUUUACGUGUCUUGAAACUAUACAGGUCUGAUAUUGAGGGGUUGCCUAUUUCAAUUGGUGAGCUAAAACACUUGAGAUAUCUAGACGUUUCUGAAACACACAUCAAAGAGCUCCCCAAAUCUAUUGGUAGGCUCUACAACCUACAGACACUAAGAAUGCCUAGUUCAAGCAGUCUUCAAACGUUUCCGAAGGAGCUACAAAAUUUGAUCAACUUGAGGCAUGUUUAUUUCAAUGAGUAUAUAGAAGUUCCAUUUGGGAUAAGAAGAUUGACCCAUCUGCAAACACUACCUUCCUUUACUCUGGAUGGGACAAGAAGUCAUGGAAUUGACGAGCUGGGUGGCUUGAACAAAUUGAAAGGCGAGCUGAUUAUUAGAUCUUUGGAAUAUGUGAGGGGCAAAGACGAAGCGAAAGAAUCAAAUUUAGCUGGGAAGACAAACAUACAAAGCUUGAGACUUGAAUGGGGCAAUUCCAGGGAAAGAAAUGAUGAUGACAAGGAAGUACUAGACGGCCUCGAACCACACCCUAAGUUAGAAAGCUUAUAUAUCAGCAGUUUCUUGGGUUCUAAAUUUGCGUCAUGGAUGAUGAGUGGAUUGCCAGGAAAUUUGAAAAAGAUUGUUCUGUCCAAUUGCAGAGAAUGUGAAGUAGUCCCAACACUUGGCCAUUUACCAAAUCUUAGACAUGUUGACUUUUACUUUAUGGAUAAGCUUAAAUGUCUAGGAGAUGAGUUUUAUGGUUAU